AUGGGUGCCGUACGAGGGGCGUCAGCGGGGAUGACAGGCGGCGAGCGGCACCAGGAGUUGUCAUACUUCUUGAUUGUAACAGCGGUGAGAGUGCGUGGGCUCCCGGACACAAUAGCCGACGCCCCGUUGGUUGCGGAGCUUACUGUGGAUAGCUGCUCGCUCUUAACGGAGCCACUCCUGCCUCUCCCGAUGGAGAAGGAAGAUGCGAUGCAAUUUGAACGCCCAUCUUCUGCGGAUUCCGCACACUUCCUCUCCGCAGGACGCACGCUGGGACUCGACUCCCUCCACAUUGUCAUUCCCAUCGCUGGUGAUUGGAGGUGGGGCGCUCUCCGCGAAAAGGCCAGCAGCUCUCCCUUUCUGCACGGCGGGGAAGCCGCGAGUAUGUCACGGGGAGGUAUACACGUUGUGCUACGCACUGCCGAUGAAGCGCUUCCUUGGGGCAGCGCAUCGUGCUAUUAUCCUGGCGACUGGUUUCCGAUGACUCCAUGCGGGGGCGAGGUGCAGGUGGGGUUUGAGGUCUACUGCCAGGAGAGCGGCGACGUCUCGGGGUUGUUGGUGCCCGGGCAAAUGUCUCUGGACGGACAAUCCGAGCUUGCGGAGCCACAUUCCUGGAGUUUGGCAGAAAACCAGGAUGUCGCAUUCGUGCCGACAGAUGGCGGUACAGGAGGUUGCACCCAUUUGUCCCGUGUGGCUUCUAAACCUCGACAGGUGCGAUCUGCGUGUUCCUCUCCUACGAGUCGUUUAGCGUGCUGGAAAAGGAGGGUGCAGACGGCUGGCCAGGCAUCGUGUGAACGGGGCCGCGCAGAUGGACCUUCCCUCUAUUCAGAUUCCGUUCAUUUGAGUCAUUCGGCCCACACAGACGCGGAAUUCUUGCAUCCAAGGCGUUCUUAUGUAUUUCUAGUGGAGUCUGCGUCAGGCAAUCAACUCGAGUCCGCAGGUGGUGAAAAUCUGAAUCCAAACGAAUUUCGGACUCGUGCGUGCCAACCACGCAGUCUUGUCUUCUCUCAUAUCAAAGUGAGUGGGUUUCAACCCAUUACUUCCCAUGGCAGUUGGACGUUGGAAUUCUCUUGGCCUCAACAUAAGGUGUCACCCAUGAAACGGAUUAUGUGGAUUCCAGGAAGCGUGGAUGGGAACGGCGCAGCAGAGAUACAAGAGACUCUUUCCAUUGACCUUCCGCUAUUUAUGCGUGGGGAAAUACAGACACAUAUGCAUGCAGUUUGGUCUGGCAGCAGCAACAAUGACCCCAAAACGCGCUUGUAUGUACAGGUGGAGUUUGACCCUAUUGUAUUGGUAGUGGGGGAUCACGAGAUGCAUUGGGAGGGAUGUCGCAGCCACGGCCCGAUGUUGACAAACGGUUUGCCACUCACCGUGUCGGAUCUCUGUGUGCGGUUUCUGGUGAAGUUGGAGUUCUACGAGCCACAGCGAGAUGGGCGAAAUGGUCGGCCCACAAGUGCAGUUCCCCGCCACCGUGAAAAGAUAGCGGCUGCGGCAGCGGACGCAACGGGCGAACGUGAAAGGGGCAGAAAUAACGGGGUGUUGCGACGGGGGGCACCGGAGUCGGUCGAAAAGUCCGCGACGCAACGCGCCGCUGAGGGACGUGAAGGACCGCCGUGUGUUAAUGGUGUACACCACGCAGAGACGUGGACGCGUGGUGUUCACUCGCUGCCUCGACACGGGGGAUCCGACGUGUCUCACAGGACCGGGGCGUGCACGGAGCCGUUGGCGCCACUCCACAACCGCAACCAACAACAACAAGAACAACAAAGUCAGCGACGUGGUAGGGGCACACCGUCGUCACAACGCUCUAAAAACGCGACGCAGAUGUUCCCAGAUGUGCGGGGUCUGGUGCCCUGUUACAGUGAGCAGAGGCGACAGGAGGUUUUUCAGGCCUACGACACGAAGAACUGCGGCCACAUGACAAUUGAACAAAUGCUGCACUUCUGUCGUGCGCACGUGGCUUUAUUUGAUGGCGAAGAGAAUGAUGCCAGCAUUUUGCGUGGUCUGCGUCCUUAUGUGGCCUCCGCGGCAGUACGCUCCCACGCCGAGACUUGUUCUUCCUCCAAUUCCCCGCCGUCUUCCUGCCGGCGUUCCCGCUCCCUGUCGCUUGAAAGGAGAGGCAGCCCAAGAACGUCGGCAAAUGGCCAUGAGUUAUCCGUGUCACACCCCCUCCCGUUGAGUAGUGCGACGUCGGAGGGUGCAUCCGCAGCGGCGUCCUUGGCGCCGAUGGGGUUUGCAGGUUGCGAGUCGCAGGGCAUUACAUACAAUGUGUUUGAAAUCAUCGCACUGCGCCUUGCCAGCAUGUAA